AUGGUGGCAACGUUCAAGAUCGCCGUGCUGGGAGCCCAGGGCGUGGGCAAGAGUGCCAUAGUCCGGCAGUUCCUCUACAACGAGUUCAGCGAGGUCUGCGUGCCCACCACGGCCCGCCGCGUCUACCUGCCUGCCGUCGUCAUGAACGGCCACGUCCACGACCUGCAGAUCAUGGACUUCCCCCCCAUUACCGCCUUCCCCGUCAACACCCUGCAGGAGUGGGCGGACGUGUGUUGCAGGGGGCUCCGGAGCGUCCAUGCCUACAUCCUGGUCUAUGACAUCUGUUGCUUUGACAGCUUCGAGUACAUCAAAACCAUCCGCCAGCAGAUCCUGGAAACGAGGGUCAUCGGCACUUCGGAGACACCCAUCAUCAUCGUGGGCAACAAGCGGGACCUGCAGCGGGGCCGGGUGAUCCCGCGCUGGAACGUCUCCAACCUGGUGAAGAAGACGUGGAAGUGCGGCUACAUUGAGUGCUCGGCCAAGUACAACUGGCACAUCCUGCUGCUCUUCAGCGAGCUCCUGAAGAGCGUGGGCUGCGCCCGCUGCAAGCACGUCCACACCACCAUCCGCUUCCAGGGCGCCCUGCGCAGGAACCGAUGCACCAUCAUGUGAGCGCCCUGCCCUGACGGAC